AUGGCGCAAAUCAAAGAUGAGAAGAUCAGUGACACGUCGUUAAAUGGCCCUAACGCACACCACGGUCCCAACGCCAAUCAUAAGCCUAAAGAAGAAUUCCACGGUGGUGGCCGAGGUGGAAGAGGCAACCGCUACCAACCGUAUGGUGGACCAAAUAGAGACCGCAAAGGUGGUCCGCCAAGAGACAACAAUAUGGAUCAUAGAGGAGGACCGGGUAAACCACAAUUUGAUGGACCUCCUAUUCCUGUUGAAGGUAUGUCUGUUCGUGAACUGGAAGCGUUAACUGCACAAGGAGGAAUGGGUGGGGAUAGCCAAGUGGCAAAGCAGGAAUCGACGCCGUUCGUGGAAACUUUUGUACGUGACAAUCAAGGAGUAUUGCCGCCACCAGGCCUUUUCGACGCUGGCCCUAGAGGAGACAGGGGCGGAAGGUGGGGUCAAGACAGACGUAACGGCCAGGAUCGUAGAAGAUUUUAAUAUUUCAAAAGAUCCUAAGAAUAAACAGAUUAUAGAACAAAAAAAAAAUUGGAAAUGGAUAAUUAAAUCUCUUCAUUUAAAGAUGAAA